AAGUAGAAGUAGUAGUUCUAUGUUGUUGACUUCGGGUUCGGAUCAUAGUAAGAAGAACAGUAUAGUACAAGGAGUGGAAGAAGCAGUCUUCGAGAAAAAAGGGGAACAAAGUGGAACUGAUGUUGCAUCGACACUAGGGAAAGAAGAGGAAAAGCCUGGUGUGUCUAUUAUAGAAGGAGGAGCAGCUUCGUCUACUGCUCUAGCAGAACAAGCACAACCUCAAGAACAAACAACACCGCAACAAACAACACCACCUCCAGAUGAACAAAAAUUCAAAGAACAAAGCCCCAAGGACGACUCCAAAACAAAACCUCCACCUCGACAUACGCUUUUCACUGGUGAUACACUCUUCUGCGGUGGUCACGGCGCAUGUUUUGAGGGUACUCAAACUGAAAUGUUCCGCAACUUCUAUCUCAUCUUACUUUCGGUGUCCCCAGAUUGCCUCCUGUUCCCUGGCCACGAAUACUCUUCGAUGCUGCUCUUUUCUCAACUGUGUAUGGAGGACAGGACACUGCACGAGUGGAGCCACUGGUCACUAGCGGACUUCGCGCAUAUGGCAUAUGCAAAUUUUAGAGCACAACACAGACGAGGCAUGUCAGAAGCGUCGGAGCGAGUACCAACGGUGCCUUUAGUGCUGAAGGAUGAGGUACUUAUACUUAUGUAGAAAAGUAACAAGGUUGUACACUUGCAUUGGUGCUGAAGGAUGAACUACUAUACAAAACUCGAUACCCCACGAAUGGCGGAUACACUACUACUACUAAACACCUAGCCUAUUUUUAAACUCUCAGGUCCGCAUCAACCCUUCGUUUCGAGUCGUUUUGGAGCGACGACGCAACUUGGUCAGUUUGAUCAAGACUCGGUUUUUCUUGUCCCAGCAAAAAGCUGAGCGAAAAGAGAAGAAGAGGAAGGAACGGGAAGAACAAGCAAAGAGACGGAAGGAGAGAAGAAAGAAAGCUGCCGCAGCUGAAAGAGUUGGUGCAAAAGGUGGACAACUACG